AUGUAUGCCGAUAUGAUUUGUGAUGUUAUGCCACCUAUACCUGAAGAUGGUGGUGGCAAUGGUACCAAUCUGGAAGGUACUGGAUCAGAUAAUGGUGAAGAAGCUGAAGCAAAUAUUGAACAGUUAAUGGUAUCAAUGCUUGAAGAACGUGAUAAAUUACAAGAAAAAUUACGUGAAACAGAAGAAACAUUAAAUACAUCACAACAAAAAUUAGGUGAUAUUGAAAAAGAACGUGAUGUUUUAUUACGUCAAUUAUCACUUAAUGCUCCACAGUUAUAA